GAUGAGCAUUUCCUCAUUUGAUGUAAGUUUAGUGUCAUGUAGCUGCCUGUACCGUAGCAUCAGCCUGGAUACAGAUUAACUGCCAGACAUGGAGCACUUUAUCCAUCACUGAACCAUCACUAAAGGCAAAUAUGGAGGAGAGCGUUGAUGUCAAGGCUCUGAGAGCCAGGUUCAACAAUAAGACCAGCACCUCGGACGCCAGCAGCCGAGACAGCGGCUCCCCAAAAUCUCCACGACCUGGGUUUGGCAGGGUGACCCUGCCAGGGACGGAAAACGAUCUGGCUUACCGCAGAGUAUCUCCUACAAUUCCUCCUCCUGUGAUGGCUGGGCCAGGCCUGAUGAGGUUCCCAAGGGCAGAACCAAUGGCAUCCCCCAUCCCCUCCAGACCUGCUUUCUUUCCUCGACCGCCUCCCCAUCCUGGUGUCAGACCAUCCAUCCAGCCGGCAGACACCAACAAAAUCAAGCAGACAGGUGAUAUGCUACAGAACAUGAUGUUGGGGCAUCAGAGGCUUCCUGGCAUCAAACCAGGCCCGGCUCUUCCUCCACUCCAGGCUCCAGUACCAGCUCCCGCCUCUGCCCCUCUGCCACUCCGACAGCAGUCUCGACAAAGAAGUGCAGGGGAUGUGACCCCACUGAGAAGGCCGCUACCCCCUGAGGGACCCCUGCCUUUGAAACCCAAACGACCCCCCCAUGUCAACCUGGAGCCCUUUAUGAGGACCUGCCGAGGACCUGCCCCUCCUGCUCCAAGAAAAUCAGACACAGAUUCCCCAGGCUCCACAGGUAGAAAGAUGCCUUUACCUGCAGUAGUCAGUCCUCCAAAACCACCACAACGAACCAGCAAACCCAGCAGUCUGCCACGCCAAGCAGCCUCCAUGGACAUUGAGGACAUCCAGGACACCUAUGAUGACAUUGGAAACAAUGAGUCCUGGAGUGACAACAGUUCACAGUGCGUGGACGGGGACAGUGAAGACGUCUAUGAGUCUAUUGAUGAGGACCAGAUAGAGGUUAACCGGGCAAACGCUGAGAAGAGAAACAAAAAAGAAGCAAAGAGGAAAAAGGAACAGGAGAAGAAGGAGCAGAUGGCACGUCAGAAAAAAGAAAAUGAAUUGAAGAAGAACUUUCAGUUGCAAGGGGAGGUGGAGGUUCUUCAUACAGCUAAAGUCCGGCAUGACUGGUCUGGAGGAGGAAAACUGGACCUCAGUGUGCAUCAGGGCGAGAGUGUGGAGAUCCUCCGAGUGAAGAAUAACCCAGGAGGCAAAUGGUUGGCUCGCUCUCUGAAUGGAAACUACGGAUACAUCAGUAACACGUGUGUGGAUAUUGACUAUGAGGCAGUGAAGCGCAAAGUGCUCCAGUCCAGAAAAAUAGAUGCAUCGCCGUUGCCUCCACCACCUCCUGACCCGCCACAGAUUUCAAGUAUGGAGUCCAAUAGCAGAGAAAGCUUAGAUGAUGAUGAUGACGACUAUGAUGACGUUCAACCACUAACUCAGGAUUUUCCCCCACCACCGCCUGAAAUUAGCAUAGAUCCCAGAGUGCUGAAGGACUUAAGAAAAAAAUUCAAGUAUGAAGGGCCUCUCACAGUGCUGCACACCAUGAUGGUUAAUCCUAAUAGUACCAUAAAGAAGCCAGGAGGGAAGGAUCUACACGUUACUCAGGGCGAAAUUUUAGACGUGAUCCAGCUCACCAGCAGCAAGAAAGCUCUGUGUUGCAACCGGCAUGGAAAAUAUGGUUAUGUGUCCAGAUCUCUUCUUCUUCCAAUGGAAGGAGACAUUUACGAUGAUGUUGACUAUCAGGGUGACAUCUACGACAACGACUCUCACUGAUGAUUAAAACAUUUCAAACUGAACAUAUACAGACACAAAAAACUACAUAAAAAUUGAAAAAUUGAAAACUCAAACUGUACAAAAAUAUAAACAGUUUUACUUUAUUUGACUCUGUCAGUGGCAACAGGAUUCACUGCACAGCCAGGCUUUAUGUGUCUAUCUGGCUCCCAAACAAACAAACUAGAAUAUAUAAAACUAAAACGAUAUGCGGUAACUGUAUACAAACUCACUCACACAGACGGACUGUACAUGUCCUGUGCUGAGAAUAACAAAAAUAUCGGCAUCGCAUUGUCUGUCAAACUGCUUGUAUAGAAAAUGAAUACACUAUGACUGUAGCUUUGUGUUUCGCUUGACCUCUGAGAUAAUGUAAGAUAAAUUAAUAAAGUUUUUUUUCUGGUAA